AUGUCUUUCCACGCCUUGAUUGCUCGGCAAUCCGGCCAACCAGGCGAAAAUCGCGACCAACCUGAGUCUUCGUCUCUCUCCGCUUUCAUCUCGACGCUCAUUCCCACUCUCGCCCUUGCGGUCCUCUAUCUCGUAAUCUUCGCCAUUGCCCGCAAGAGUUAUGUGCAGUUGUACCGCCCGCGUACGUACAACCAUGCGCUCCGGAAAGACCAGCGGACCCCGACGUCCAAAUGGUCCUUUUUCUCGUGGAUCACCGACGUCACCAAGACGCAAGACCUGUUCAUCUUGAAUCACCAGUCGCUCGAUUCGUACCUCUAUGUCCGAUGGUUUAAGAUCAUGGGCGUCAUGUGCGUCGUGGGGAUGUGCAUCACGUGGCCGGUGCUUUUCCCCGUCAAUGCCACCGGCGGCGGCGGGAGACAGCAGUUGGAUAUCCUCAACUUUGGUAAUGUCGUGAACGCGAACCGAUUUUGGGCGCACGCAGGAUGCGCAUGGCUCUUCGUCGGUUUCGUGCUCUUCCUCAUCACUCGGGAGACGGUCUACUUCAUCAACCUCCGUCAAGCAUAUCUCCUGACCCCAUGGAACUCCAGCCGCAUCUCCUCCCGCACUGUCCUGUUCACUUCCGUUCCGGAAAGCUACCUCGAUGAGGCCAAGUUGCGUGCUAUCUUCCCCCUUAUCAAAAAUAUCUGGUUCGCGACCGACUGCAAGAAACUCGAAGAGAAAGUCGGGGAUCUGGAUAAGGCGGUUUUCAAGCUCGAGGGUGCCGAAACGACCCUGAUCACCAAAGGCAAGGAUCGCCCGACCCAUCGCUUGAAGCCUCUCAUCGGACACAAAGUCGAUACCAUCGACUGGUCCUGUCAGCAGAUCUCUGAGCUGGUCCCGGUCAUUGAGACCGAUGUCCAGAGUCGUAUUACCGGAGAUGUCAAGAAGCAACCUGCCGUCUUCAUCGAGUUUGAUAGCCAGAUUGCUGCCCAGGCCGCCUUCGGCAUGGUUACUCAUCAUGUUGCGAAACAGAUGGAGCCCAGGCAAUGGGGCAUUUCCCCGGACGAUAUCAUCUGGAGUAACCUGAGCAUGCCUUCGUAUCAGCGAACGGUCCGGUACAUCAUUGUCACGGCUGCCAUUUGCGCUUUGAUUAUUUUCUGGGCCAUCCCGGUUGCCCUGGUCGGUAUCAUCAGCAACGUCAACUACCUCACAGAAAACGUAGCGUUCUUACGAUGGAUCAAUGAUAUCCCAGACGUCAUUCUCGGUGUUGUCACCGGCCUGUUGCCAGUCGUGUUGUUGGCAGUGCUCAUGUCUCUUGUCCCCGUCAUUUGCCGAUUACUGUCCAAAAUUGCGGGAGCUGUCACCCUGUCCGAAGUGGAACUCCAGACCCAAAACUGGUACUUUGCCUUCCAAGUCAUCCAGGUCUUCCUCGUCACGACCUUUACCUCCGGCGCAACUGCCGUGGCCAGCCAAAUCGUUUCGAAACCCGCGAGCGCAAUCCCCCUGCUUGCGGAGAACUUGCCCGCCGCGUCCAACUUUUACAUUUCGUACUUCAUUCUGUACGGUGUGGCCAAUUCCACCGGCUACCUUCUCCAAAUCGUCAGCCUGGCUCUCUCCGUGGUCCUGUAUCCCUUCCUCGACAAGACUCCGCGCAAAAAGUUCAACCGCUACCUGAUCAUGCCCAGUAUUGCGUGGGGCUCUUCGUACCCUGUCUUCACCAACUUCGGCGUCAUUAUCAUCUCCUAUUCCUGCAUCGCGCCCUUGGUCCUCGGCUUCGCCGCCAUCGGCUUCGGCACGCUAUACUUUGCUUAUCGGUACAACUUCCUGUACGUCUACGACGCGAAGAUCGAUACCAAAGGUGCCGCCUACGCGCAAGCCCUGCAACAUCUCUUCGUCGGUCUCUACAUCUUCGAGCUCUGUCUCAUCGGCCUCCUCGCCAUCAAAGCCAGCGACCAGCCCUCCGGCAGCGGCCCGCUUGUCGUCGUCAUCAUCCUCCUUGUCGGUACCGUGCUCUACCACAUCUCCAUGCGCAGCACCUUCUCCGCUCUCAAGUCCUCCCUGCCACGUACCCUCCUCUUCGAGUCCGCCGAGGAAUACCCCGUCUCCACUACUUCUGAUCUCGAGCGCGGCCACGGUGGCCCCUCAACCGACAGCGGUCCCGUCAACAGCGGUCCCAUCAACGGAGAGGAUUCCACUGCUGACGGUCUCCCCAUCGUCGUCAAGGAAGCCACCCCGCCUGCCACCGGCGCCAUCACCCCCGCCUCCAUCGGCGCACACCCCACGCACAUCAACCACCUCGCCGCCGGCCCCCUCCCACCCACCGGUCUCAAAGGCCGCAUCCACUCCUUCUUCUUUCCCAAAUCUAUCUCCAGCGCCUCCAUCGCCGCGACGCUCGACCCGCUCUUCCAGUCGCCCGUGCCCGCCUACCCGGCGCACCUCGCGCGCACCGCCUUCUACCACCCGGCCAUCAAUCACGGGCGACCAGUCGUCUGGAUCCCGCGCGACGCCAACGGUGUGAGCGACCAGGAAGUGGAGAAGUGCCAAGCGAAGGUGGGGGAGUGGGCGGAGGUGACGAACCGCGGGGCGUGGGUGGACGCAAAGGGGAAGGUGCAAUGGGGCACGUUGGAGGAUAAGGAGGGUAAUGCGUGGGACGAUGUGGAGGGGAAGCAGGUCCGCGCGAUGCCGGUGUGGGGGGAGGAGAAGGAGGUGGUGUGGUGA